CCUCCGGUGGAGCGACGCGCUGAUGUCAAAUUAAUGACCUCCGACACGGCGGAUGUGAAGAUUUUAUCUGCUUUUUGCUUUGUUUUGUUUUAAUUAAUUAAUCCCGUAGAAACAUCGAGAUGGUCUCACAACUUUGUGUGCAGAUACAAACGAUGCUGCCGCUCUGCUCCAUGAGUGCGUCCUCGGUACGUUUUUGCGCGCAAUUUAACAAUUUAUCACUCCGACCAGCACAGCUAUAAGUCAGAGCUGUUUCGUUUAUUAAUUUAUGUGGUGUGGCAGCGUUUCUGUACGCGCACCAGGAACCCACAGAGGCUCCCUGCUACCACGCUGAAAAAUGCGUCUAAAUAACCCAGCGUGAAGCCAUUUUAAUCCUGCAGAAAGAGAGGCAAAACAGAAGUUCACGGACGACAAACACUGUAGAUUGCAGCUUGUUCAUUAUAAUCCUAUCAAUUGGGGCAAUUAACGCGUUUUUAAACGGCACCUUAAAAAGGCUGCGUGCGGGAUUCAUUGGAGCGUGAGGAGGGCAGUGAGAACGGGGCUGAUGCCGGAGCGCAGAGUAAAGAAAAGCUUUCUGUGAUCAUUUGUCCCGCUGAAAACAGACCUCCUGCCAGCCGUCAGCCGUCAGUCAUCAGCGCCAGGUUUCGCUGUGUGUCCUCGCAUCAGCGGCUCUGGAAGUUUUGGUGUUAAACGAGCUGCGGGGACUUUUUCUUCCCGCGGACUGACUGACGCCCCUCCUGCCUGCCCCGCUCGGGCCAAAAGCGCAUGUGUGUUAUUGCUGUGAUGUGAGUUGAGCCGCAUCCAGACGCACUGGCCGCCGCUGGCUGAUGCCCCCCCUCCUCAUCCUCCUCCUCCUCCACCUCCUCCUCCACCUCCCCUCAUCUUGGUGGUGUUGUGCGCAAAAUCUCCAGCGCCGGACGGACGGACGCAGUUUGACGGUACAAACGAGCGGCUCUGCGGGGGGAUAACCAAGAGAGAAAAAAGCCAUCCAAAGCAGACAUGGAUAUUUAACGGACGUUUGAUUCGUUUUUUUUUAAUCUCUUUAUUUUUUUUGUUACCCCGUGAUGUUGCUUUUGCCCCGGGGGUGUUAAUUAAACCUGCUCGAUGUCUCUCAUCAGUUUAUAACCGUAACAAAAUGAGGAUUUCUUCUCGAGACUGGUUUCUGUUGAUGUUCUCUGGCUUUUGGGGACUGACCAUGGGUGCUUUCCCGAGCAGCGUUCAGAUCGGCGGUCUGUUCAUCAGAAACACGGAUCAGGAGUACACCGCCUUCCGCUUGGCGAUCUUCCUGCACAACACGAGCCCGAACGCCUCGGAAGCCCCCUUCAACCUGGUGCCUCACGUGGACAACAUCGAGACGGCCAACAGCUUCGCCGUCACCAACGCCUUUUGCUCUCAGUACUCCCGUGGUGUCUUUGCCAUCUUCGGCCUGUACGACAAGCGCUCGGUCCACACGUUGACGUCCUUCUGCAGCGCCCUCCACAUCUCCCUCAUCACGCCCAGCUUCCCCACCGAGGGCGAGAGCCAGUUCACCCUGCAGCUCCGGCCGUCCAUCCGGGGGGCGCUCCUGUCCCUCCUCGACCACUACGACUGGAACAAGUUCGUCUUCCUGUACGACACCGACCGAGGAUACGCCAUCCUGCAGGCCAUCAUGGAGAAGGCAGGACAGAACAACUGGCAGGUCAGCGCCAUCUGCGUCGAAAACUUCAACGAUGCCAAUUACCGACGGCUGCUGGAGGAUCUGGACCGGAGGCAGGAGAAGAAGUUUGUGAUCGACCUCGAGGCGGAGAGACUGCAGAACAUGUUGGAGCAGAUUGUCAGCGUCGGGAAACACGUCAAAGGCUACCAUUACAUCAUGGCCAACCUGGGUUUUAAGGACAUCAACCUGGAGCGCUUCAUGCACGGUGGAGCCAACGUCACAGGCUUCCAGCUGGUGGACUUCAGCAACCCCAUGGUCAUCAAACUGAUGCAGCGCUGGAACAAGCUGGAUCAGAGGGAGUACCCGGGCUCGGACGCUCCACCCAAGUACACGUCAGCGCUGACGUAUGACGGGGUGAUGGUGAUGGCGGAGGCCUUCAGGAACCUGCGCAGACAGAAGGUGGAUAUUUCCAGACGGGGGAACGCCGGUGACUGUCUCGCUAACCCGGCCGCCCCGUGGAACCAGGGCAUCGACAUGGAACGCACUCUCAAACAGGUCCGGUUGCAGGGAUUAACAGGUAAUGUGCAGUUUGACCACUACGGCCGGAGGGUCAACUACACAAUGGACGUGUUUGAACUGAAGAAUAAUGGACCCAGACGGAUCGGCUACUGGAACGACGCGGACAAACUGGUGCUGAUCCAGGACUCUCCGCUGCUUCCAAACGACACUACAGGCAUGGAGAACCGCACUGUUGUAGUCACCACCAUCAUGGAGGGUCCCUAUGUGAUGCUUAAGAAGAACUGGGAGAUGUACGAGGGCAACGACCAGUACGAGGGCUACUGCGUGGACCUGGCCUCGGAGAUCGCCAAACACAUCGGCAUCAAGUACAAAAUCUCCAUCGUUCCUGACGGAAAGUACGGCGCCAGAGACCCGGAGACGAAGAUCUGGAACGGCAUGGUUGGGGAGCUGGUGUACGGGAAAGCGGAAAUCGCUGUGGCCCCUUUGACUAUCACGUUAGUCCGGGAGGAGGUGAUCGACUUUUCCAAGCCCUUCAUGUCGCUGGGCAUUUCCAUCAUGAUCAAGAAGCCCCAAAAAUCCAAACCAGGGGUUUUCUCUUUCCUGGACCCGUUGGCCUACGAGAUCUGGAUGUGCAUCGUGUUCGCCUAUAUCGGCGUGAGCGUGGUGCUCUUCCUGGUCAGCCGCUUCAGCCCGUAUGAAUGGCACACCGAGGAGCCCGAAGAGGGCACCGACGGUCCGCCAAGCGACCAGCCCCCCAAUGAGUUUGGCAUCUUCAACUCCCUCUGGUUCUCCCUGGGCGCCUUCAUGCAGCAGGGCUGUGACAUCUCCCCCAGAUCAUUAUCUGGUCGAAUCGUGGGGGGAGUGUGGUGGUUCUUCACUCUCAUCAUCAUCUCAUCCUACACGGCCAACCUGGCAGCCUUCCUUACUGUGGAGAGGAUGGUUUCCCCCAUUGAGAGCGCAGAGGAUCUGGCCAAGCAGACGGACAUCGCCUACGGCACGCUGGACUCUGGCUCCACCAAAGAGUUCUUCAGGCGGUCAAAAAUCGCCGUCUAUGAGAAGAUGUGGGGAUACAUGAAGUCGGCCGAGCCCACAGUCUUCACCAAGACCACGGCCGAGGGCGUGGCGCGGGUCCGCAAGUCCAAAGGGAAAUACGCCUUCCUCUUGGAGUCCACCAUGAACGAAUACACAGAGCAGCGCAAGCCGUGCGACACAAUGAAAGUGGGAGGCAACCUGGACUCCAAAGGCUACGGAGUAGCUACACCCAAGGGUUCACAGUUAAGAAGUGCAGUUAACCUGGCUGUGUUAAAACUCAAUGAGCAAGGCCUGUUGGACAAAUUGAAAAACAAGUGGUGGUACGACAAAGGAGAGUGUGGCAGCGGAGGCGGUGGCGAGAAGGACAAGUCGUCCCAGGCCCUCAGUCUGAGCAACGUGGCCGGGGUCUUCUACAUCCUCGUCGGGGGCCUGGGCCUGGCCAUGCUGGUGGCCCUCAUUGAAUUCUGCUACAAGUCGCGCAACGAGGCCAAGAGAAUGAAGCUGACAUUUACAGAAGCCAUGAGGAACAAGGCCCGUCUGUCCAUCACAGGCAGCGUUGGGGAGAACGGACGGGUGCUGACGCCCGACUGUCCCAAGGCCGUCCACGCCGGGCCUCCCCUCCGCCAGAGCUCCGGCCUCGCCCUGGUGUCCUCUGAGCUCCCGUGAAAACCAAAAACCGCUCAAGUGCCUUAUUCCAGUAACAAGAAAAAACAAUAAUCACUCCGCCCACGACACAACCAGAAACUCAUCACAAAGAAACAGGACUGGCACACCCAACAGGUCACCUCCAGUGGGCGAGGCGGGACUGACGGAGGCGCAAACAAUAAACCCCACUGUGACAGGUCACGACUUCCUGUGGCUCAGUGAUUUCUGUCAGAAAUCUGUGGAAACCGGAGGCAGAACAAUCUCGACUUUUCAAUUGUGUGGCCGCAUGGAAGCGUUAUGUUCGAAUCAAAAGGUCACGGGAAUCCACUGGAGCCAUUCAACCUUCGCCGCUUCAGUGAUGGAGCGGGAACAGACGGGAGGAAGACCAAUAAUAUCAUGAUUAUAUGAUAAAGACGAAGACCACUAAACUGUACACUUGGAACAAACUCGAAGCUGUGCGUUUUGGGAUUGCUGUGAAUUGGCAAAAACAAAGAAAAAACAAACAAAAAAAAAAACUGAACCACAAUCAAGAUUGUUUUCCAGCUGGACAGCGUUUGCUACGCAGACGUGAGCAGCGUUCAAACAGACAAACAAUCUCGCGAGAUAUCAGCAGCGAGUGACGCUGGCAGACUGUAGCUCAGUGCCAUGGACAUAUGGUGAAAAACAUUUGUAUUCAUAAUAGUGAAAAUGAAAUCUAUUGAUAUUGAAUAUAUGGGCAAACAUAGGAAACUGUGAAAAUACGUAAAUAUGUAUAUUCCGUGAAAAAGAAACCAGAAUUUAGCUGUACAUAGGGACGACUGUGUAACUGCUUGCUUUUUAAACAGAUGUACAUAGCAGAUACUGUAGUGGACAGACAGACAGUUCUUUUUUUCUUUUUGUAAAGCAUCUUUAAAAGUUUUACUCAUCGCAAUAAUGAAAAAGAUGGCGCCACUUGAAGGAGGAGACGUGCGGAAGGCAGCGUGACAAUUUGUGUUGAAUACUUAACUGUGCUAUGUAGGAACCUUCAAAGUAAACUCUAAAUGUGAAAGGGUAUCAACUGCCCAAAUAUUCUGAUACCUGUUAACAUAAGAAUUCAUUAAUAUAUUCAACGAUGAAUGUUACGUAGCUCCACCCCCAAUCCUUAAACCACACCCCUCACUGUGCAGACGUAGACGCAGACGCAGACGGUCGCUCACGGAGUAGAGCUUUAUUAAAUCAAGUUUCUGCAGUCAGAAUAUAACUAUUUUUUUCAUUCUUUGAUCUAUUUUUUGUACCGAGAAAUUAAAAAAGAAACUGUCUGUCUCCUGGUUUUAAAUGUCGACAGUCAAGUACUAUCUGGGUAGACCUUUUAGACGAUUCAUUGUGUGUGUGUGUGUGUGUGUGUGUGUGUGAGUGCGCGUGAGGAGGCACGAGUCCAAACCAGGAUGCGAAAUUGGCGGGAAAAAAAAUGUUAUGAAAAAGAAAAAAGAAGCCAUUUGUCUCAUUAAGUGUUAUUUGAAGUGUCUAUGCUAUUCCCAGUAAGACGUCGCCGCCGAGCUGAUGAAACACUGUGGGUCCUGCUGGACACGCUGUAGCAGACAUGUCGCCGACUGAAGUGUCCUCGUCUCUUUUUGGACAAACGGAGGGACAAUCUGCGGCAGGACAAGAGACGCCACAUCUUCAGCAGCACCAGCCAACGACGCAGUAGGUUCUAAAUGUUCUCCGUUUGUUCCCACUCCUCUUCCGGUCGGUUCCCUCGCACGAGGGACGGAGGAAAACCGGCCGGAAGACUUCAGGUCUCGCGCACCUUUCUUCUUCUUCUUCUUUUUCCUCUGUUGUCCCGCCAUCCGUCGUUAAGAGCUGAGGUGUAACACGGCGUCUUAGUUUGGUUCAACUGUACAUCUUUAUUUUGAUCUUUUUUAAGUAAAAACAAAUUUCAAAUUGUAAUGUGCUGUCGUU